GCCCCCUCGGUCUAAUACGACCCACGUACGCCCCGACACAAAAGCCCUCGGAACUCUCGACCGGACGCAUAUUACAAUACGUAUGCGGUUGUUUGCCUUUCGGAUGGCUAGCUGCAAGGAACUGGAAGACAGAAUCCAGGACCUGAAGCGGCUGAAUUAUGAACUAUUCACCGCGAGCGCCGCGUAUUUGAGUUGGAAAACACGCUUGCUAAGCUUCACACAGGCACUCUUUCAAAAGAGGGACUAAGACCUUUUGAUUUCAGCAGAUAUAAAAAGAGACAUGUUGCUUUGCAGAUUGCUUAUUUGGGAUGGAAUUACAGUGGGAUCGCCCUCCAGAACCCAUCACAACCUGUGACUGUUAUGGAACGGGUUAUGCAAUCUUUAGAGAGAUGCAGACUUGUAGAGAAUAGGAAUGUGGGCCUUACAAUUUGUGGUCGCACUGACAAAGGCGUUAGCGCAGUCGGUCAAGUAUUGUCUGUCGUUCUGCGAUCAGCCGUCAACUGCGGUGUUGGUGUCAUUAGUGAUUCCGGGCCCAACAUUGAUCAGCGACCAGAAAUCGACUAUGUUUUGUUGCUAAACCGAGUUUUACCUCACGACAUACGUGUUUUAGCCUGGUCUCCCGUAUCAGAAGAUUUUAAUGCCAGAUUUACCUGCUUACAACGAUCCUACUCCUAUUACUUCCCCCUGAGUGGAUUGGACUUAUCGGCCAUGCAAGAUGCAGCUUCCCGGCUAGAAGGAACACACGAUUUCAGGAACUUUUGUUCUAACCAAGUUGAAAGCGACUGCGUUACUUUUGUGCGCCGGAUCGAUCGCGUUGCUGUCGAAAUGCUCGGGGCUGAUAGCUCUCUAGCGACUACGCUGUGUUCAGUUUCAGUCUCCGCCUCUGGUUUCCUCUACCAUCAAAUACGGUAUAUGAUGUCCGUUUUAAUCAGGAUAGGAAGGGGAUAUGAGACACCGGCACUUAUCGACGAAAUGCUUGACAUUGAAAAAACCCCGGCUAAACCGCAAUAUUAUAUGGCUGCUGACUUUCCUUUGUUGCUAACAGGAGCACAGUAUCCCGACGGUGCUGUAAAGUGGCAGACGAGCGAAGCUGCUGGACUGAAUCUCAUCAAACACUUCCAGACACUCUGGGCUGACCAUACGAUUCGAGCCGCAACAGUAAAGACAAUGUUAGAUCACGUGGAGAGAACAAAAUUACUUACCUGGUCCAACGACGUUUCUUGACACGGCUUGCGCUCGGUCAGCGCUACGAGAGACACGUGGGAGGCGUUCGCGGAUUUCAGACUCAGGUCGACAGCCGAAGGAAUGUGCCGACCGGACUUCGCUUUCAUCGUCUUCCAUGUAGCCUACAUUCAUCUGUACUCCUGGUGAGUUACAACGAUGAUGCUCUACCUGAGGUUCAAAGAGGUUGUUUUUGAUCUUUUCGUUCAUUGAUAAAUCACUGAUUCUGGCAACAUGCCUGGCGCUUUCGGUUUCGUCAACGAUAUCCUUCU